AUGGGUGAAUCCGCAAAGCGUUCCGCUUCACUGUCCCCUUCCGAGACUCCAAGGGCUACGCCAGCAACUGAGGAUGCCAAACCAUUGAGACUUCCGCGUGGCCUGAAGAAACUCAGAGAUGAUCUUGGGUUUAGAUUGAAACAGCAGUCUGUGGACAAAGAUUUGCUCGUGUCGGAAGGUAACACCGACAAGACUAUCCACGAAGAGGAAACCGAAGGCGCCACUUACAUUGUGGACGGUGCGUUGCGGAGAGUGACUCCAUAUUACUUCACGUACUUGACAUAUUGUAAGCUUCGAUGGAGAGACCGUAAACUCAUCGACGUAUUCGUUGACGAGUUCAGAGACAAGGAUCCUGAAUUCUAUAGGAAAGCUAUCGCAGAUGGCCAGGUGAUGCUCAACAAAACUAGAACCACUAUCGAUUCAGUGGUGAGGAAUGGUGAUCUCAUCAGUCAUCGCUGUCACCGACACGAACCGGCGGUGUCCUCUCGACCAAUCAAAAUUGUAUUCGAGGACAACGACAAGAUCGCUAUCGAUAAGCCCUCGGGAAUUCCUGUGCAUCCUACGGGAAGAUACAGAUACAACACCAUCACCAAGAUCUUCCAGCACGAGUAUGGCAAGACUGUGCAUCCUUGCAAUCGACUCGAUAGACUCACGCUGGGGCUUAUGUUUCUUGGUAAGAACGCACGUGGUGCUGAGUUCUUUGUCAAGCAAAUUAGAGAAAGAACUGUCAAGAAAGAGUAUAUUGCAAGAGUGAAAGGUAAGUUUCCUACUGGGAAAGUAGAAGUGGACCAGCCUCUUCAUACUGUUUCGCCCAAGCAUGCACUCAACGUGGUUGAUCAUGAAAAGGGAAAACCUGCGACGACAUUGUUCACCAGAGUGUCUUACGAUGCCAAAUCUGACACUUCCAUUGUUAAAUGUCGGCCCUUGACUGGAAGAACCCACCAAAUCAGAGUUCAUCUUCAAUACAUUGGCCAUCCCAUUGCUAACGAUCCAAUUUACCUGAGUGAGUACGUUUGGGGAAAUUCUGAUCUUGGCAAAGGUAAUAACGGAGCUGACCCAGAACUAAUUGCUCGAUUGGAUCAGAUAGGUAAAACUCGUGCAUGCUCUACAUGGAUUCAUCCGCAGGAAGAUGGAGAGGUCUUGACAGAUGAAAAUUGUGAAGUGUGUAAUAUUCCUCUCUACACGGAUCCAGGACCCAACGAUCUCGACCUUUGGCUCCAUGCGUUUAGAUAUGAAAGCGCAGAUAACCUGUGGUCUUACCUGGUGGAUUACCCUGAUUGGGCUAUUGAUCAACAUCGUGAAUUCAUGCAACUUGCGUUGGAUGAAGCCAAGAAGUGUGGAGAAACUCAAACUCAAUUCAAUGUAGGCGCUGUGUUGGUUUUAAAUGGUGAAAUCUUAGCUACUGGCCAUACCAGAGAAUUGCCUGGUAACACACAUGCUGAACAGUGCGCGUUACAGAAGUAUUUCGAGAGAACAGGUAAAACAGAUGUUCCUGAAGGAACAGAGCUAUAUACGACUAUGGAGCCAUGUUCUAAUAGAUCGGUGGGGAACAAGCCUUGUGUCGAUAGAGUAUUGGAGACCCUGAUCAAAACGUGCUUUGUGGGAGUUGUGGAACCAGACACAUUUGUUAAGAACAACACUGGAAAGCAGAAGUUGACAGAUGGAGAUGUUGAGUACAUUCAUAUACCAGGUUUUGAGGAUGAAUGCUUGCGUGUAGCUACGUUGGGACACGACAAGAGCACAUAG